AAAAAAUAAAUAACGGGUCCUGCUAGCACAGAAAAAAGAAAUCGUCGCUUUUCGUAUUUAUGUCGUUGACUUUGCAUAAUAUAUGCAACAUUAGUACCAGAUCAAACAAUGCUUUCAUCCUCGUUGGAUAAUAGGAGCUUUGUAACGUUAGCGGGUUAGCUGAGGUGAUGAUAAUGGUCCAUCAGUGGAAUUAUCACGGUGCUAGCUAGUUAGCCGGAGAGCUAACGGUGCCCCCGAGCGGCGCCGGAUACUUUUGUUUGUGUUUGUUUUUUUGUUUUUUGUUUUUUUAUUUAGUUGAAUGGUUGCAACUGAGUGUCUUUCAGCCUUAGGUUUGCUGGAAUGUUACUGAACAUUCUCUUUACUCCACAAAAAAAUUGUCGAGAUGUUAAGCGUUUAAGCACGUGACGCGGUUUAUUUGGCUCCAGUAAUUAGCCGUAACCUGGUCGUUCGCCGGUCAUUUGGAUGCUUCAGUGACACGAACGCCGGGUGUGAAUCAGAAUGGCACAACUUUUGGACGGAGCCAGCAAGUUGAGCUGGGUUCUGCUGAAGUCAGUGCUGCGAUUCACCUUCAUGUUUUUCAACAACUGUGUAGCGAUCCCAUCCUACUGCUUCUACCUGCUGCUUCUCCAGCCGCUGAGAAUAUGGGACAGCUCUGCUUUUUGGCACAUCGAAGGAGUCAUGUUCAAGUGGCUGCUGGCGAUGGUAUCUUCAUGGGGCUGGGUUGCAGGUUACACAGUAACAGAGUGGGGUGAUGAUGUGCGCCCGAUCUCUGAAGAUGAAGCCAUGGUCAUUGUCAACCACCAAUCCACAGGAGAUGUGUGUACCCUCAUGAUGUGCCUACAAGACAAAGGCACGGUUGUACGAAAAAUGAUGUGGUUGAUGGACCAUGUGUUCAAAUACACCAACUUUGGCCUCGUGUCUUUGAUCCAUGGGGACUUCUUUAUCAGACAGGGGAAAGCGCACCGAGACAAGCAGCUGAUCUACUUGAAGGAUCAUCUAGACAAAUACUAUCACAGCCGUGACAGAAAGUGGGUAGUCCUGUUCCCUGAAGGUGGCUUCCUGCGCAAAAGACGGGAAACCAGCCAGUUAUUUGCCAAGAAGCAUUCUCUCCCCCAUUUGGCACAUGUGACAUUGCCCCGUUUGGGGGCCACUCAUGUUAUCCUGAAAACCCUGUCAGCCCAGCAGGAAAACGGCAGCGUGGCUGGAGAGAUUGGGAUCCCAAAUCAGACAGGUAAUAAACGUAGAGGCCUGCAGUGGGUCGUGGAUGUGACGAUAGGUUAUCCCAAAGUGAGGCCUAUGGAUAUCCAGACUUGGAUCUUUGGCUACAGGCCUCCGACAGCCACACAUGUACACUACAGGGUGUACCCGAUUAAGGACGUGCCUGUGGAGGCAGAGGCCCUGACUGAGUGGCUGUAUCAGAGAUUUGUGGAGAAAGAAGAGUUGCUCUCCCACUUCUACAGCACAGGAACCUUCCCACCUCCAACAGGACAGGAGGAGGCGGUUUCCCGGGAGAUGACCCUUGACCCACUGUGGCUGUGCCUUAUCCAGUCAUUUGCUUUUGCCUCUGGCUACAUGUGGUACAGCAUCCUCCAGUAUUUAUACUGCUGUUUAUUUUGAGCGCCCUGAUGAGGCGAGUCUCUUGGACCACUGGAAAUGCCUCAAGAUCUGAUGGUCUUUGGCCAGGCGUUACACUUGUCCCACGAUGGAUGAAUGUACAUUUGCAAACGUGGAGAGACUUAAUAGUCUUAAAUCAAAAAUAACUGGAAGGAAAGUACACAAACUACAAAUUAUCGUACAAUAUAAAACUGGUGACAUCUACAGGUACCAACACCUAAGCAGAGUAAUCGUAUUCUCUUGCACCCCUCACGGCUCUCAUUUUGAUGUUUACACAUCCUCAUAGGCGUAGACGCUCACACACACGCAUAACUUUUUAUUUUAAUUCAACAAAUGAGGCUCAGGACUCUUCCAGAAGACGCUCUGGACCAGACUUUCUUCUCCUUCUAGGCUUUAGCUGUUGUACUUUUACAGAAUCUAAAGAGUGACAUGUAUGGAUGUGCGUAUGGGUGAAUAUGUGAGUACAUUGUUAGGAGUAUAACUUUAGCGGUUUCUCUUCAUGGUGAGAGAAGACUGUGGCCGCCGGGAGCCUCUGACUAGGUGGCCGGCCACGGCUUUCACAGAGAGCGUUAGAACAUCAACGCCAGUACUUCACAUCAGGCCUUCAUUGCACUAAGCAUCCAUACUGCCCCCCCAAACAGCUCCCAGCCUCAGGAAGUACUCCUGAACAGUAGUCAUCACAGUUUGUUUUGUUACUUUGUCCUCUAACUGGCAUAUAUCCACAGCAGUGACGUCAUUCUCAUUGUCAUCGUCUUCUGUUGUCAUCGGGACUCUUCUCUGCGUUUGCUUGUUUGUCGAGGAAUCAUGCUUACACUGUCUGACUCAUCGGGCCAAACGCCAAGCAAGGAAAGAGGCGGGAGACAUGCCGGUUUUUACUAAACAGAAGACACCCAGGGCAAGAAUUUUCACUUCCAACCACUUUAAAGUAUCCCGACGUACUCUGUGUGGUGUACACGCAUAAACACGAGUGCGCACAAAAAAGGAAAAGUGCAGCUACACAAAUCAAGAGUCUGGACCAUCUCAGCAAACCAGGUUAAGGAAGCAGAGACUCUUCUUCCCCAUUGGACUAUGUAGUUUUACAAAUAUUUAAGCCAUAUGCUUAGUGUUGUUAGGGUGGGGGGGAUAAAAAAGCAGAUUUUAUAGAAAGCUUCUCUGUUAAGCAUUAUAAAAGAUUUUGGCGUGCAGAAUUGUAGGUGUCAUUACUGUAAAUUGACAGCAUAUCCUGCCUAAGUGAGUGUAUGGUUGUCUUCCCCCCCCAAAACCACCACCAUUUUUGAUAUGAUUAAUGUUGUGUUGCUCUGUGAUGUCAGUUUGGCGGCAAUUCACCUUAAUUUUUAUUAUUAUUAUUAUCAUUAUUAUUAUUACAGGAACUGUUGUCUUCAUGUCAUUGUGUGGUUAAUCUUGUAUAUAACAAAGGUGAGGAAGCGAUUGUUAGGAAGGAUUACCGCGUUCAGUGUUGGUCCCAAAUGAUUUCACUUUGUUUUUAAUUUUAAAUAUCAUUCAUGUAAAAGAGUUUUUUUUUUUUUUUUUUUUCCAUGUGCUCUUUGUAUCUUUUUGUCCUCUGUAAUUCCUGACCAGAAGUCAUGUGCUUCACGACAUAAAAGGUAUGUCCAUGUGCCGGCUGCCACGCCUCCCCCCGCCCUUUGUACAGUGACAUUUAAGCCCAGUUUCAAACUUGUACCUUCUUUGACUUUAAAUUGUGACAGCAGUGUUGUGUGUCCGGUCGAAACCACUGAUGAUUCAGCCUUACUUCAUAUUUGGUUGACUGUCAUCUUGCAUUCCCUCUUGACAAACAUUUAGCGUGCUUGUUCUCAGGAGUCGAGCUAAAACUGGGCGAGGAAAAUUCUGGCAACUUGGUGCAAUGAAGCAGCUGUUCUCUCUUAAACGUCCCUGUGUUGUGCUUUUGAGGUCACGUACCUGUAAUAGGCUCAGCCUGCUUUAAUUAGGAAGCCCACGGGAUCAGUUGUUAUCGCCAUCAUAAGAGUGCACACAGAGUGCAUUUUAGUCGUGACUGUCCUGAGAGAAGCCGUGUCGGAGAUGCUUAAGAAACAAAAAAAAUUUAAAUAAAAAAAAAAAGGGCUACAUGACCGGGCAGUUACAGGCUGUAAAUGUGAUUUAAUCCUGAUGCCCUUUCAGAUUCCCCUCCAUUGUGCGUCUCUUAAUUAAUCCUCAUAUUUAUUUUUGAAUUUUAUUUUAUUUUUUAAUGUGUCCAAAGAAGGCAGGGAAGUGUUUUAGGAAAUAAACACAAUAGAAAUUUAAAUGAUACUAGAACUGUCUGUACUUUUCCCAUUUUGUACUUCUCCUUUAAAUCCUAGCUACACAGCCAUUUUACAACACAAAAACUUGUGCUGGAAUAAAACAUCGGAGAUCUAA